GCACAGCAACGAGGGACGACAUGACGAUCUGUAGGUUUUUCUUGGAGGGAAGAUGUAGAUAUGGAAAUAGCUGUAGAAAUGAGCAUAUUUUGAGUGAAAACCGGGUUUUUUUUGGGCAAAAUUUGAGGGAGUUAGAGGGAAAUAAAGGAAGAAUAAAUAAUUAUGUGAUAAGCGAAGAAGGGAUAAGGGAGGAUUUGGGAAAGAAUCAUCCAGAAUGGAUAUUUACAAGUUAUGGUACGGGUAAGGGACAAGCAAAUUUAAUAUCAGGAAAAGAUAUAUCACCGGAGGAAUUAAGGGCAUUUGCGUAUGAAUGUGCGGAAAAUAUGAAAUUUUAUGACUAUAAAAACAAAGUGGAAAGAAUGACACGAGAGAUGGAAGAUUUAAGAAGGAAUAUGAUCAAGAAUUUGAGAAAAACAUGUAAAAUAGCGAAUGAUAUAAAUAAUGGAAAGUUUUCAGGGAAUGUUGAUGUAUUAUUUUCGAAUUCACAAGCGUCUAAAACGGUUAUAUCGGAAAUAUCUAUGUUUUUAUCAAGAAAGCCAUUAGAAAGAAGUUUUACGGAGUCGAAUAGGUUUUUUAGAGAGAAUAGAGAGGAUAAUUUUAGUAUAUUAGGAAAGGGCAAUUCAACGAUGGAGAAUUUAUUUAAUAAAAAUGAUACGAAAACGAUAUCAUUUGGUUCUAAUAUUUCGAAUAUACCAUCAUUUGGAGUAUCUAAUUUUUCAAUGGCACCUAUUAAACCUAUUUUUAACAAUAUAAUGUCGAAUCAAAAUCCAUCUAAUUUUAAUAACAAUUCAGCUUUUCAAAUGGAUUCUCAGAUGUCUAAUUCACCGAUAAAUCCAUCAACACAAGUUUCUUGCCAAUCCAACAUUUUUAAUCCAACACAAAUACAAUCUGCUUUUAAUUCUCAAACAACAUUUCAUCAACAACCAACUAUUUUUAAUUCAUCUAAAGAAAAUAAUUCAAAAACAAAUGAUUUAAUAUUUCCACCAAAAAAAACAUUUGAAUCAACAUUUAUAUUUCAACAAAAUUCACAAGAAUUUUCUAAAAAUUCUCCUUCGAUACAUAAUUCUCAAUAUACAAAUCAUAUAGAAGUUGUUUUAUUAAAUCAAGGCGCUCCCGAUCCUUUAUCUGAAUCCGAUUUACCUGCAUACGCUCUUAAAGAAUUUAAAUCUCAUAUUUUUACACUAGGAAAAAUUCCUGAAAUGGAACCUCCUCUUUCUUUACGUGGCUAAUAUUUAUAUUAUUUCAAAAUGGCACAUCUAUUCGAAAAAAUCUUUA